AUGGUUAGCUCGGUUUUAGAUGACAUAUCACAUCGGAGAUACAAUCCUCUUACCGACUCUCACGUCCUUGUCUCUCCACAUCGGACGAAAAGACCAUGGCAAGGCCAAGAAGAAGCGCCAACCAAGUCUACCCUUCCGGUGUAUGAUGACAAUUGUUACCUAUGCCCUGGGAACAAACGAGCGCAGGGCGACCAAAACCCGCAGUACGAUAAGGUCUUUGUCUUUGUCAAUGACUAUAGUGCCGUGAAGGAGAACCAGGCGGACCACGAGACGGAUGAUAAAGAAUCCCUAUCCAAGCGGUUUCUCCAAGCUCAACCUGUCAAAGGGAGGUGCUAUGUCUUGACAUUCUCUGCCAAACACAACCUCACACUUGCAGAUCUUUCGCCGCAAGAGAUUGUCCCUAUAAUAGAGGUUUGGACGGAUAUAUAUGCGCUUCACCUCGCACCAAAGUCAAGCCUGUGCAGGCUAGAUGCAAUUGCGAAUAUAUCAGCAGACUCACCAGCCAGGCAGAUAUCAAGUCCAAAGGAACAAUAUCGAUAUAUGCAGAUAUUCGAAAACAAAGGAGCAACAAUGGGGUGCUCUAAUCCGCACCCACAUGGCCAGAUAUGGACAACGAGCUCCUUACCAGAGGAGCCUUCAAAGGAGCUCUCGCAGAUGCUGAAAUACUGUAAGGAGCACAAUGGCAGCCACAUGCUUGAAGACUAUGCCUCACUCGAGGUAGAAAAGAAGGAGCGAAUAGUGUUUGAAAAUGAUACUUUUCUAGUCCUCUGUCCAUGGUGGGCGAUAUGGCCUUUUGAGGCCAUGAUAAUGAGCAAACGGCAUAAAAGGGCACUGGUGGACCUGAACCAAAGAGAAAAAGAGCAUUUGGCGGAGGCAAUUGCUGAAUUAACUCGUCGAUAUGAUAAUCUCUUCCAAACCCAUUUCCCGUAUAGCAUGGGUAUUCACCAAGCCCCGCUGGAUGGUUCAGAGGAGGAAACCGCCUGCUCAUAUCUUCACUUUCAUUUUUACCCACCACUACUGAGAAGCGCUACCGUUAAGAAGUUCUUAGUAGGGUAUGAGUUGCUUGCGGAACCCCAGCGUGACAUUACGCCAGAGCAGGCUGCCGCAAGACUAAGAGACUGCGCGGGAGAGUUGUAUAAAAAGCGGCUAUAG